AUGGAAUUCUGUGAUCAUCUUUGGCAUGAAACUGCAAUCUCAUCAACCGGUGAAAUGGACAAGAGGCCCGAUAUUACGAAGACGUAUAUGGGAACGGUUAUCGACCAGAAUAAGCUCACUCUCCGCAACUACAGCCCAGCAGCAAUGCGUGAAGGCAUCUCGAACCUGCGAAUGACACUUGACAAUGGAAAAACCGCAAAUGUCCCAAAAUGGGGAUACACCGGAGAUCUGAACAUUGCGAAUCUCGUUGCGGGGGGUACAGCUGAAAAUUAUUUCGACAAGGUGGGCCAGGAGUUCGCUGAGCGCUACUGGAAGGCCAAGACGGAGUUUGAUCUGGUCUCCGAGCUCACGGGUGACAAUAAGCUGAGUGAUGAGCUAAAGGAUUUGUUCAAGACUUGGAACAAUCAUGCGGUGGAAUCGUCUAAGAUGUCCUACGCAUGGCGGGAAAAAGACCUUCGAGGGCAAGAGAUAGGAGCCAUUAAAUCAGCUCUCAAAGCAAAAUAUACCGACAAGGAGAAGAAAAAGCUGAUCUCGGUUGAAACCAGGAUGCUUGAUGCGAGCGAGGUGGUGUGGGGAGAGCCUUACAAAGUGUAUGACAAGGAUGCUACGGCCACCAAAUUGGCAUCCACCGAAGGGCUGGGUUUGACCAAAGAACAGGCUCUGGCUCUGCUCACAACUGUUUACGACGAACUUCAAGAAACGAAUCUAGUCAAGGAGCAUCAAAGGGCCUUGGCGGGGGCCAAAAAGGCAAUGAAUGUGGCGAGCAGCGGAUGUAUCUAG